UGAAUCGCCAACACCCAACUCCCAGUCCCGUGCGACUGGCAGCGUUUACCCCGAACAUCAGAACGUCGCAAGAUGUCUCUUGUUCCAUUGAAUAUAGCCCCACCGACGGGGUGUUCGAGAGUUAGGUCUCUGGCACUCCGCGCCGUUGGUGGUCUUCCCCCUUUGACCUGCCACCACGGCUGACGCUUCUGCGUUACUCAUCGAUUAAUCUUAUCGAUCCACUUUGUUUUCUAUCUUUCUAUCUUUGGUGUGACAGUGUGUGUGCGAGUUCUCUUGUAAAGAGAAGGUCAAUUGCGAUUGGCGGGCUUCAAGACGAAGUAGAAGCUAGAUUCGGACAAUAGAAGACUACAGAAUAGAAACCAAAGAACAACUCCAAAAUCACCAACCCAAAAAAUACAUUUCGAAACAAAACGCCAAAAUGUCAAUCACCGACCUUUCCACAGAGCUCCUGCAAAAGAUCCUCGAAUACACGGAGCUACAAGACCUCCUCCACCUCGCCCAGACCUCAAAACGAAACUACCGCGCCUACCUAGGCCGGCGCAUGUACCACCUCGAGCGCGCCCUGCACAACAGCUACAGCCCGCUGCCCUCACUCCUCAAACUCACAAUCGCCAACGAGUCGACGCCCUCACGCCGUCCAAUCGGCACCGAACUGCGAAUCUCACUGCUCCUCAACCGGAUAACUUCGCUCCCAUCCACCCCGAAACUCACGCUCGAGAACAUGAAGAAGAUGGUUCACUACGGCAAGAUCGCCGACCGCUGGACAGAGUUGUACCCUCGUCUCCGCUGGCGCUUUGGCUCCGACAAUCGCCGCUUGCUUAAAAGCAAAGAGAAAGAGCGUCUCCGAGGCGCCGUCUACAAUCACUGGACAUACACCUCUCUCUUCCAUUCCCGAACCUUCACAAACUACGCCCCGGACCCACCAUCACCCGCCUCUCUCGACGAUCCACGCCACCGCUUCCUGCGCACUCUCUCCACAGUCCAACAAAUCCAGCUCUCAGAGUACACAGCCCACGUCGAAACCCUCGUGGAACUCGAUCUCUACCCCUCAUACUCCAUUAUCCUCGACCAGUACCCGCCUCACUCUCUCCCCCACCGCAGCUUAUCAAAACUCGGGUGGGGCGAAGGCUCAGAGUACCGGAGACUGGUGAGGGAUAUUAUGAAGCUGAGUCCGGCUGAUCUGUUACAUCUCUAUGAGCAUACGAGUACGAAGAGCGAGAGAGCGGAUUUCCUGUGUAGUCAAGGGGUUUGCUUUGGGGACGUGCCGGCUACGAUGAAUUACGCGCUGUCGAGCAUCAUGGGUGAGAGGGCGAGAUUGGGGUUUGGUGUUGAGGGGAGUAAGCUCAGGAGCCAAAUUUCUGCCAUUCAGUUCCCAAGCUUGAAGCGUUCUACCGGCGCACUGUUUGGCGAAGAGGAGAAGGAUCUGGCGGACGAGGAGCUUGUGUUUGGCGUUGUGGAUCUUGAGGGGAGGAAGGGGUUUGAAGCUUUGGAAAGGAUUAUUGAGAGGGAUGGCGUGGAGAGCGGGGAGUGGGAGGCUUUUGUUGCUGGGUCAGAGGUGUCUCGUAUUGAUGAGGAGUAGGUUUCGUAGGAGUGAUGUGUGUUUGUAUGGGACUUUCUGGUUUGGAUUUGGGGUUUAAUUAGAUGGAUAAAAUAUCACUUUAUGUUCUUGCUCAAGCUUCCGUCUAAUACUUUUCGAGGGAAUAGAGGGGUUGCUUGGUCAUCGUCUCAAUGUCCCAUAUAAUUCUGGGCAUUGAGUAUUUCUGACUUUUCGUCCAGCUUCUUACUCGCUAUCUCGUUAAUAAUAAUCUUAGCAGUGACAACUCUUUUUCUCAAUUCAAGGCUCCCAGUUGUUAUUGCAGUACAGUUGCAAGUAGCUAGCGAUAAUUUUUUGUGUUAUAGUGUGAUUUGUUGGUGUUUUUAUGAGUACCAUCGCGGAGCAAGCAGUGGGAUGAUCUGAGACGGCUCCCUUUGGAAUAGUAGUACGAGGCGAUUAACACUAACGUCCCAAU